CUUGCAAGAAUAUCAUUGGAAAAUCUGCUGCGCCUGCGUGCUGUUUUUUGCCGAGUAACUUCUCUUCAUUUUAAUUUGCCAAAAGCUAUAAUUUCAUAAUGAGCUACCAAUUCUAUCGCACCUCAACAUUGGGUACCACGCUUCAGGAAACCAUAAAUGAGAUGACACAGGAAGGCCUUUUAAGUCCCGAUUUGGUCCAUACCAUAUUGAAGAAAUUCGACAAGUCCAUCAGUAAAGCUUUAAACAAGCAAGUUAAGGCCAGGGUCACCUUUAAGGCCGACAAAUUGCUCAACUAUAGACACUGCGACAAUGUGUGGACCUUGCUGCUCAAGAAUGUGGAAUUUCGCGAGGGUAGCAAUGUCGUUGAGAUCAUGGAUACGGUCAAAAUUGUGGCCUGCAUUAGCCAGACCGAUUAAAGGGUAUUAAAA